AUGAGCGUUGAAGUUCUCGACAGCAAUACCAUCGUCAACUUUGUUGGCGACGAGGAGGCCUUCACUGUCUCGGUUCACGAGCUCUUCGUGAACCUCGACAGUGAUCACGAUGGCCAGCUCUCGUAUUCGGAGAUGCUGAAGGAGCUGCAAAGUUUGAGGGUCUUCGAGACCCAUUUUGGCAUCGACGAGAGUAUGAGCCCCAGCGAGCUGGCUAGUGAGUACGAGUCUCUGUUCACAAAGUUCGAUCAUGACUCGAAUGGGAAGGUGGAUCUCGAGGAGUUCAAGGCCGAGACGAGGCAGAUGAUGCUGGCAAUGGCGAGCGGGAUGGGGUUCUUGCCGGUUCAGAUGGUGCUUGAAGAGGACAGCCUAUUGAAGAAAGCGGUGGAGUGGGAGACUGCUAUGCUUGCUGCUUAA